AUGUCCUUUCGAAAUAGGAAAGAUACCCAAGCGCUACUUCUGGAUAGCUCAGAUCAGAACUAUGAUACUAUCCAUCAAAGUCGCCAGCCCGAGGAAGGUGUGAAUGAAGUUUCUAUAAAGUCAGAUCUGGAUCUGGACCAGCUUGAAGAAGACCUUGAAGAUCUACCGAAAGAGGUUAGGGAGACUGUUCCACUUACAGAUGAUCCAACUAUCCCAGUGUUGACGUUCCGCUACUUCGUGCUACUGACAAUUUUCAUUAUACCAGGUGCUUUUAUAGAUACGAUAAACUCGUUCAGAACGACGUCGGCGGUUUAUUCGAUAUUUUUCGUUCAGAUCGCUUCACAUUGGGCAGGCAAGUGGAUGGCUCGUGUGUUGCCUGAUAAGACAGUCAAGAUAGGACCUUUAUCUUUUUCACUUAACCCAGGCCCUUGGUCGAUCAAGGAAACGGCCCUUGUAACUAUUACAGCUAAAUCGGGCGCUACAGGUAAUUUGGCGACCAACGCCUUGGCUCUUUCAGAGCUCUUCUUUCACGUUAAAGUUCCGGCUUACGCCGCCAUGCCAUUCAUGUGGGCCAUAGUGUUUAUUGGCUAUUCAUACGCAGCCAUUGCCAAGCGAGUCGUCAGCUACGAUCCAAGGUUUCCUUGGCCUCAGACUUUAAUGCAAACGGCACUUUUGCAGAGCCAGGAUAAAGCCGAUAAGAAGAAUAACUCCAGACGUAUGAAAGUGUUCUUCUGGUGUGCUGGUACCCUCUGCUUAUGGCAAAUGCUUCCGGAGUAUUUAUUCCCCAUGACAUCUUCAUUGGCAGUCUUGUGCUGGGCAGCUCCUACAGAUCCCAUUUUGAACUUCAUUGGUUCUGGAAUGGGAGGCAUGGGGUUCCUUAAUUUCACCCUAGACUGGGCCAACAUCACUUCUGAGGUUAUGCUUUAUCCUUACUGGGUACAAGUAGUCCAGUUUAUUGCAUUUAUCUGUGGAGCAUGGAUUCUAUUGCCUUUGGCAAAAUGGUCCAGCUUGUUUUCCUUCAAGUAUGGUCUCAUGUCGAACCGUCUCUUUACUUCAGAUGGAGACUUGUACCCUACCGAGAAGUUGAUCACGCCAGGCGGAGGCUUCAACUCAACAGCAUACGAAUACUACGGGCCAGUGAACCAUGGCGCCCAAAGAGCAUGGAAUAUGUUUUUUGAUUACGCAGCUUACGUAUCCGGCGUGGUAUGGGUGGUGGUCUUUGGCUGGUCCAAGAUUCGUUCUUCUUUUGGUCAAGGUGGAGUUUAUAAAGACAGAUUGAACAAGUUACACUCUGCUUAUGCUGAUGUACCAUUGUCGUGGUAUGGAGUUUUAUUCGGUAUUUCAAUCUUGUCAUUAUUGCAUGUUGCAAGAGCUGGCUACAUCUUUAUGCCAUUCUGGACAUGUGUGAUUGCACUUUUCAUCGGAUCGAUUAUCGUCACACCUCUUAUGUGGCUUUAUGCGCUUUCAAACUUUCAGCUUCCAAUCGGUACAUUUAAUGAGCUUUUGUACGGUUACUUGGUUCAAGAUCUGUCACACAAGCACCCUGCUGGAGCAGCAUUCUUUGGUUGUGUUGCUGGUAAUGCUUGGUAUAGAUCACAGUUCCACUUGGAGCUGAUGAAGCUAGGCUUCUACAACCAUAUCCCGCCCAAGUAUGUCUUCCUUUCACAGAUUUAUGGCGAACUUAUUGGUGUCCCGAUCAAUUACCUCAGUCUUCGAUGGGUAUUAGCAUCAAAGUGGGAUUACCUUGUGGGUAAGCUUAAUGAUCCAUUGCAUCAGUGGACAGCGCAAACGGUGAUUACAUACCACACGAAUGCUAUUCAGUAUGUGAUACUUGGUCCACGCCGUUUAUUUGCAAACUAUCCAGCUCUUCCGUAUGGUUUCCUUGUGGGCCUUAUAGUCCCAGCUGUGAUAUUCACUCUCCACAAGAGAUUCCCCAACAGCAUUUUCAAGUUUCAUCUUUGGAACAGUACAGUGUUCUUUUCCACCAUGAGUCAUUUCUAUGGAAACUUGUCCACAGGCUACCUCUCAAAGUUCCUUGGAGGCACUGUCACCAUGUUCUACGCCUAUAGGUAUAAGCAUAAGGUGUGGAAGAAGUACAACUACGUUGUUGCAGCAGCUCUCGACACAGGAUUCAAUUUAUCCGUCAGCAUAAUCUUUAUCUUGCUUUCCUUAGGUAUUUCUGCACCUACAUGGUAUGGUAACAACCCCAAUAGUGUGGAGCGAGAUCCAAAGAUGAGUCAGCCACCGACACAAGGCAACCCACAACAGGGUGGUCAAGGCGGACAAGGUCAGCAGAUCAUCCAACCUGCUCAGGCCACUAAACUUCUCAAUGCUCUUAAGGAACUGCUUGAUCAAGCAAAGAGGGCCACUGACCCACAAGUGUCCCAGCGCUGCUACCAGCGUGCUGAACACAUCAAACAGAUUCUUAUGAACUACCAGAGGCAACAGAAAGCUGCUGCUGCUCGUGGCCAAGCCCAGGCUUCGGGAUCUCCAGCUCCUCAAGGUGGACAAGCUCAGAGCCAGGGUCAGGGUCAAAGCCAGGGUCAAGGUCAGGCUGGUAAUACUGCAGCAACUGGAGCAUCUUUCAGUGGAAAUGCUCAGUUGAACGCUCAGCAAAGAAUGCAAGCUCAGAGCCAGAAUGCUCAGCCUCAGGGCCAGUCUCCAGCUUUGGGUCAGCAACAACCAUCACAACAACAGGUCCCUGGUCAGCAGAUAAGAGGACCUGGUACAGCAGGACUGCCAGCUGCUGGAGCUGGAGGAGCGGCACCCCAGGGAACCAGACCAAACUCUCAGGUUACCCCAGAGAGAUACCAGCAAGUCAGACAGAGAAUCCAAGAGGUGGAGAGAAAGAUCCAAUCUUUGGAGGCUGCCAAGAGGGCCGAGCUUUCUCCAGAACAGACAGCACUGAUUGAUAAUCAACUUAGUGAAUGGAGAAACAAGUACGCUCAGUUCCAAAAGAUUGCCAACUUUAUCAGAUCCCAGUUGGUUGAACAAGCUCGCCUGAACUCAGCUAACCAAGCCGGCACUAGCGCUGGAAGCAUCGGUGCUGCUGGUAGCCCUGCCGCCUCUUCUGCCGGUGUGAAUCUUCAGGGUCUGGCUUCAAGUCCAGUUCCAAGUGCUGCAGCUGCCGCGGCCGCUGCUCAAAAUUCUGCUCAGAGAGCUUCUGUGACACAACCAUCUAUGGGUCCUUCUGGUUCUCCUCCGGCCAACCGCGCCGGAUCCCCUGGGUCUUUGGGUAAAGCUGCAAGUGGAUCUCCAGUGCCAGUACCUGGCGCUCCGACUCCAGGAGCAGGUGGUCCAAGUGCUCAAGGUGGUACUUCUAGUGCAAUGGGCACCCCUGCUCCACAGGGAGCUGCCGCCGCUGCUGCUGCCAAAGGCAGAAGCACUUCUCCUCCUCCAUCCGCUAAGGAACCAACGGUGCCUGGUGUGAAUCUUUCUGGAAUCACUAAACCUAGUGUUCCUUCAAUGCCUAUUCUGAAUACCAUCAACGUCAAACCUCCAGCGCCAGUGACGCUAAAACCAGGUGCCAACAAUGUGCGUCCUACCUUAACUGGUGGCGGUGCCUCCGGCUUGGGUCAGAUCAUGGGCACUCCAGCUGUUAUGAGAAUGCCAACCUAUGAUAUGGCUACCACCUCAGCUGCCACUCUUACUGAUAAUGGCGGGCGCGUGUUGACUAAGCGUAAGUUGAGCGAACUCAUCAAUACCAUAGGCGCAGAUGAAGGCGACGGAAGAACCACGAUAGAUGGUGAUGUCGAGGAAUUACUUUUGGAUCUCGCGGACGAAUUCAUCUCUUCCGUUACUUCAUUUGCAUGCCGUUUGGCCAAACAUAGAAAGACAGACUCUGUUGAUGUCAGAGAUGUACAAUUACACCUUGAGCGCAACUGGAACAUCCGUAUUCCUGGCUAUGCCAUGGAUGAGAUCAGAAGCAUGAGAAAAUGGCAACCAAGCUCAUCAUACAACCAGAAGGUCUCUGGAGUUGAGAUUGCCAAGGCUAUUAAUGGGAACAUGAACUAA